AUGUUCUCAAUUCUCCUCGAUGUGUGGCAUCAUAUUGCCUCUUUAAAGCCUGCCUUCAUUUCAAAGACGCCCCAUUUCAACUUCAUUACUGUACAUUACUUCUGGAUCAUUGGAAUGGCAAUUUUUGGCUCCAUAUGCCUGUACAUACGAGGAGGUGUUAGGUACAUCGACGCCCUAUUCCUAGCCAGUGGGGCAUCCACGCAGAGCGGACUGAAUACGGUCGACAUCAACCGGCUCAAUACAUGGCAGCAAGUGGUCUUGUACAUUUCAGCGAUGAUGUGCAACCCCAUCACAAUCAACAGUUUUGUCGUGUUCCUUCGGCUGUACUGGUUCGAGAAGCGCUUCCAGCAUGUCGUCAGGGAGGCCUCGAAGAACCGCAGAAGCAUCGCCAAAACUCUCUCGAAAGCGAAGACGGGCGAACGAGACGUUGAUGGAGAAGAGAGGGGAGUCGACGGGCGGAAGAUUGUUGUUAUGCACGACACAACAACAGCGAAUGGCAUGACGGAUGAUACUGCUAAGCCGGGAGACUUGCAUGAACAUCUCGAAAAAGCCAAAAUUUUGGCUAAAGAGGAGAGGGCUCGUUCUUCGAACGAUUCUGGCAGUGGCCAAAGUCCCGAAGCCGGAAAGGACGAUUCCGCCAGUCCCACCGACGGAGGUCAUCGACCACAGAUCAAAUUUGCAGACAAAGUGACGCGGAGCAAUGGCAUGACAGAUGAUGAUCUACGCGUGCCAGUACAAAGGAGUCAUGAGGAUCAUAUUGCCUUUCUUGAACGCCAACGGAACUCCGACAACGGGCAGGUCCUCCGCAUUCCUGGGCCUCGAGAUGCCGAUGCGGGCUUGACACCAGAAGCCGUUGACGAGUCAGAUCCGAUGACGCAAGUAAUUUCGAGAAGAGCAUCGACAUUUGGUGAAAGCCGAACGAGUGGAGACGUCGCCAACCUCAACACCGAUGACCAUGAUGCGGGCAACGGGGCUCCACGACGCCAGAUCACAAUUGCAGAGCCAGUUCGUUCCCCAACCACGCAAGAUGUGGCGGAGCACGUGGCAGAGGAUACUCUUGCCGCCAAGCACGUCUUGAACGCACUGAGAUUACGGAAACCCAGGAUACUCAAGGGCGAGAAAUUACAUCAGGACGAAACUCACCCGCACGCCUCAAGACAGAGAUCCAAUACAUUUCAGUCGAUAAGAACCGCUUUGUCGAGGGAUAAGGAGGAUGGUAUGCCCUAUUUGAGUUGGGAACCCACCGUAGGACGUAACUCAGCCUUUGUUGAUCUCACAGAAGCGCAGAGAGAAGAGUUGGGCGGUAUUGAGUACAGGUCCUUGAAGUCCUUGGCACUGAUUCUGACGAUCUAUUUCUGGGGCUUCUCGCUCUUCGGGCUUGUUUCCUUAGUGCCCUGGAUCUUGCAUAGUAAGACUUACGGGCAGGUUGUUACGAAUGACGGCCAAGGAAGGACCUGGUGGGCAAUAUUCACGGCGAAUUCAGCAUUUACUGAUCUGGGCUUCACACUCACUCCGGAUAGCAUGAUAUCCUUCCAGACCGCCAUUUGGCCUCUCCUAUUGAUGAGCUUUCUGAUCAUCGUCGGAAAUACAGGGUUUCCAAUCAUGCUUCGAAUCGUCAUCUGGGUCACAAGCAAGUACGUACCUAAGGAGAGUGGCAUAUGGGAAGAGCUUCAGUUUCUCCUCGAUCACCCUCGCCGAUGUUUCACGUUGUUGUUUCCAGCCAAGGCAACCUGGUGGCUGUUCUGGAUCUUGGUUAUUUUGAACGGUCUAGACUUGAUAUUCUUCGUUGUCCUUGAUCUCGGAAACACGAUUGUCACUCAGCUUCCGGUCAACAUCCGAGUCCUGGAUGGCUGGUUUCAAGCUGUGUCUACUCGUACAGCUGGCUUUGGUGUGGUUAAUCUUGCCGAGCUACAUCCGGCUAUCCAGGUGUCUUACAUGCUCAUGAUGUACAUUUCAGUGCUACCAAUCGCUAUUUCUGUUCGUCGAACCAACGUCUACGAGGAGAAGUCACUAGGCAUCUACGGGUCUACAACUGAAGAGAACGAGGACGAGGGUGAACCUUCAUACGUCGGCGCCCAUCUUCGACGACAAUUGUCCUUCGAUUUGUGGUACAUUUUCUUGGGCCUAUUCAUUAUUUCCAUCUCGGAAGGGUCCCGGCUUCAAAGUGCCGAUCCGGCAUAUACCCUGUUCACAGUCCUCUUCGAAAUCGUCAGCGCCUACGGUACCGUAGGUCUCAGUCUUGGCUACACGAACAUAAACGCUUCCUUCUCUGCUGAAUUCGGAGUCAUCGCCAAGCUCGUGAUCAUAGCCAUGCAGAUCCGUGGACGGCAUCGUGGCCUGCCUUAUGAGCUCGAUCGAGCUAUUCUGCUCCCAAGCGAACAUCUUUCUGAGAAGGAAUCACAGGACGUUGCCGUACGCAUGCGAAGACGGGGCUCGGCAGGCACAUCGAUAAAUGAGCCCGUCCAUGGCGGAGCAACGAAAGUGGACAGAAGUCGGAGCCGAGAGCCUAAAGCACAGAAUCUCUUGGGAACUCUACUCCACCCAGGACCCACGAUCCCAAACAGUCAUCGUGUUCAGAAAUUGAAUUCUAAUUAUUACCGAAGGCGGCACAGUAUCGCUGUUGCAGACAGGGUUCCACGAGAUGUCAGUUCGGGAACAAUGCAAGGAGUUUCUCUUGGGGGAGCCCUUCCAGAAAGGGACCGGGGGAGAACGGAGGGGAGAAGGAGCUUCUUUCAAGAAGGCGUUAAUCCUUCGCCAGCCGGAGGCACAUGA